AUGAGUAGUAAAUAGAUUAAGGCUAUGAUCAUUAAGAAUUUCAAAAUCAGUUUCAGAAAUGGUGAACUUUAUUAAGACAUAGUUAUUCCAGUAUUUGUGGCUUGUAUGUUGUCUCUGAAGGGUAUUGUAAUUAUGUAGAAUAUAGAACAAUUAAGUGCAUUAAAUUAAAUCCUUCCUCUUUUGUAUAGUUUUGCUGUUUUGCCAACUGCAAGAUCUAUUAUGGUCCAUUUAGUGGAGGAGAAGAGUAAGAAAUACAAAGAAUUGCAAGGAGUAAACUAGAGUAAAUAUUCUAUAGAUCAUGGGAUUAAAUUAAUCAGCAUAUAAAAUUGGAUGGCUCUUAACUGGAUAUUUGAGAAUGACAUUAGCUCUGAUUGCCUUCUUCUUAUUUCAAAUUAUUUUCAACUCAUUAAUCUAAUUAGACUGGGAUUUUUAUUACAUAAACUCAUUUACUCAAUUAAUGUGGCCAUAUAUAGUUUAUGGAUAUGCUGUAAAUCUAAAUUAUAAUAUAGUCAAUUAAUUAAUCCUUUUUAUUUGCUUCUGUAAUGAAUGAGUCAAGAAUUGCAGGUGAAGUGGCUACUUUUUUUUGUGUUGGAUUCAGUUUUUUUAUAUUCUUAACUUUUAUAGAAUAAGCAGCUACGUAUAAUUUAUAAUAUUAUUAUAGGUCUAUUUUAUUCUAUAUUUUGGUAGGACUAAUGAGUCCACAAUGUAAUAUAGGCUUUGAAUACAUAACAGCUUUAUAAGUAGGAGUUAAUAGAGUAGGUGCUAGUGUAGCUUGGUUUGACCCUAUUUUGAAAUAACCAAUGAAUAUUUUUCCAGUAAUUCUUAUUAAUGAAACCUACGAUUUACAAGCCUCAGGUUAUCAAUUAAUAGUUACAUUAUUCUUGUAUUUAUUCUUAGCUCUUUACUUCGAUUAAGUAAUACCAAAUGAAUAUGGAAUAUCUCAGCAUCCAUUAUUUCUAUUAGGAAUAAAUUAUAAAGAAAAUGUAAAAAAUGGAGAAUGUCUCUUGUCUGAAAGAUAAAAAGAUGCUACUUCAGCUCAUUAUUAUGAGAAUAUCAGAGAACAUUUAGAACCUUCUAUUUAUGUAGACAAUCUUACUAAGUCUUUUAACAAUAAAAAAGUAGUCAACAAUCUCACACUCAGACUCUACGAAAAAUAAAUCUUUUGUCUACUUGGACAUAAUGGUGCUGGCAAAACUACAACAAUUUCUAUGUUGACUGGAUUAAUAAAUAAAAGCAAAGGCAAGAUUUAGAUGUAUGACAUGAAUUUUGAUACUUAAUUGAAAGAUAUAAGAAAACACAUAGGGUUAUGUACUCAAUAGGAUUGUUUAUAUGAAUACUUAACAGUUAGGUAUAUUAUAAAUUUUGUAUAGAAAGAGAGCAUUUAAAUUUCUUUGCUGAGAUUAAGUAAUCAAAUAAGAGUGAGAUUGAUGAUAUUCUAGAAAAAACAGAAUUGAAAAAUGAAAUGAAUUAAAUAGUACAGACUUUAUCAAAAGGAAGUUAAAGGAAAUUAAGUUUGGCCAUAUCUUUAAUAGGGAAUUCUAAAAUCAUAUUUUUGGAUGAGCCAACAUCUGGAAUGGAUGCUUUCUCAAGAAGAUAAAUUUGGAAUAUAUUAUAGAAGAUUAAAUAAGAAGAGAGAACUAUCAUUUUAACUACACAUCAUUUAGAUGAAGCUGAAAUAUUAGCAGAUAGGAUAGGAAUCAUGUAGAGAGGAGAAUUAUUAGCAGAAGGAUCUUGUGAUUUCAUUAAGAAAACUUUUGGAGAAGGUUAUACUUUAAAUUUAAGAAAGGAAUCAAUUAAAUAUUAAGAUGUUUCUGAGAUUCUUACUAAAGGCAAGAUUAUACCUGAAUAAUGUCAUAAGUCUUAAUUGACUUUUUAGAUAUCUUUUGAGCACUAGGAUAAACUGGAAACUAUAUGUGAAAAAUUAGAGAAUUAAGGAAUAGAAAUUGAUUUGAGAUUAAAUACUUUAGAAGAAGCUUUUGUGAAAAUUGGAGAACAUGAACAAUUAGAAUUAAGCCAAUCAAAUACCAGAAAAUCUAUGAGUUUAUAAAUUAUAGAGAAUACUGACGAAGGUUAUUAACAAUUCAUUGAAAAUGUACCAAUGAGUGUUAGAGAUAAACCCAUAUAUAGUUUAUGGAAUCAAUGUUUAGCAAUGUUCCAACGUAGAUUCUAUACGACUAUUAGAACAAAUACAAAUAUCUUAGCCUUUUUCAUGCCUCUACUUACUAUUUUAUUGGGGUUAUUGGUGGCUAAAUUUGUUUAAUUUUCAGGAAGAUUAUCAAGGAAUGACGAGGCUUAAUUAUUUCUAAAAAUUUCAAUACUUGCUUGUGUGGGAGUUGUAGGAUUCACAUUUAAUUCAACUUUAUAUGUAACAUUACCUGUACUUGAAAAAGAAUGUUAAUUAAAAGAGGUUAUGAUUUGUUCAGGUUGUAGGAUAUUUGGAUACUGGUUGGGUACAUUCCUUUUUGAUUUUAUUGUGUACUCCAUUAUCAUAGUUUUCUUUUUAAUUAUGGGUGCAAUUUUAAGUUUAGAAGCUAUUACAUCUUUUUGGUGGUAAACAGUCCUUAUAUAUUUGUGUUUUGGAUUAAGCUAUAUUACAUGCAUCUAUUUGUGUAGCUUUUUGUUUGAUAAUGUAGCAAAAGCAAUGAAGCUUUUUGUUUUUUAUUCUUUCUUUUAUGGCUUUUGUUUACCAAUGGUUUUAUUGGGAUUGACAAAUUUUUUAUAUCAUUUAGAUUCCAUUUACUUUUUUGAAAUUUUAGUUUAUACAUUUUAGGUUAUUUUUAUGGUAAUUAAUUAUUUAAAUUAUAUAGAUUACAUAUCCAUUUUACAAUUAUUAUUUUGCUUAUGCUUGUAUGCCUCAUUUAACCAAAGGUCUUAAGGCUGAAUUAGGAGGAUUACAUUUAAUUACUUAUGAAAGCUAUUGGUAUGUAAUCAUGCUCAUUUACUAAUUCUUUUAAUAUUCUUUACUUAUUUACUAUCUUGAAAGGAGAAAAAUUUAGAGGAACUUUAAAUUUAAUCCAGAUAUUACAGAUAACAAUUUAGAAGAUGAUGUUUAUUAAGAAUAGUAAAAAGUUUUAAAUGGAAGCAAUGAUAUUAUACAAGCUAUAUAGGUAUUUAAAAAAUAUUAAAAUUAAUAACAAUUUGCUUUGAAUAAUAUUUCUUUUGGGUUAAAAGAGGGAGAAAUAAUGGGAAUUAUAGGACCAAAUGGAGCUGGUAAAUCUACAUUAAUUAAUGUGUUAACUAAUAUUAGUCAAAGUACAUAUGGAAUGGUAAAAAUAUAAUAUGCUGAUUAAUUACAUGUAGGAAUUUGCCCAUAAUAUGAUUGUAUAUGGGAGAAUCUUACUGUGAAAGAACAUUUGCAUGUUUUUAGUAAAUUAAGAGGAUUAUCUGGUCAGAAUCAAUAAGAAGCAGUUACAUAUUAUUUAUAGAAUGCAGAACUUUAUAAUUUUCGAAAUACUAGAGCUGGAUAACUUAGUGGAGGAAAUAAAAGAAAACUCUGUGUAGCUUUAGCUUUGAUUGGAGGCAGUGACAUAAUUUUUUUUGAUGAACCUACUACAGGAGUAGAUCCUAUUUCCAGGAGAACUCUAUUCAAAACAUUAAAAUAAAAUGUAUCAAUAAGAAAUUGUUCUGUUGUCAUAACAACUCAUACAAUUGAAGAAGCUGAGAAUUUAAGUGAUACACUUGGAAUUUUGAUAGGUGGAUAAUUUAUAUGUUAUGGAGAACCAAAUUAUUUAAAGGAGUAUGUUUAAAUUUAAUAUUUAGAAAAUAUUCAGAUGGAUAUUAUAUAUCAAUAUUACAUAGUGAAUAAUAUGAAGAUAAAGAGAUAUUGGAAAUGUUAAAAAAAUAAUUGAAUAAUAUUAAUUAAAUUAAGGAGGUAAGAAAAAACUAUUUAACAAUCAAUAUUAAAAUUAUAAGUUUUCAUUCUACUUUUAAAUUGCUUAAUUAAUUAAAAUAGUAAAAAAUUAUAUAAGAGUUUUCAAUUUCAAAGAGGUAAUUAUUAAAAAUAUUAAUUCUAGUUCUCUUGAAAAUAUUUUUGUCCUCUUUACAAAGCAAUAAAAUGAAAUAAAUGAUUAAUUGGGAGUUAAAGUUGAAUGA